CUGACUUGGGGCCUGCUAAUACAGAUGGUGCAGAGACCAGCCAAAUCUUUCAUCUUUCUCAUUGAUGCUGCAAUACUCCAUAUUCACAUCUGACUCCAUAUUCUGACCGACCUGUUACACCCCGCUAGUCAUCUUAUUUAGUGAAUGCUAAGCAGCACAGGAAUCUCUUUGGUUUCAUUUUCUCACCUGAAUCUGAAUGGGAGUCUGAAUUUUGCCCUUCCCCCCUCGCACAAUCAACGAUGCCGUGUCCAGGCCCAACUCUGGCACAAAUUCCUCAAUAGCAUAGGGCUGGUUGGCUUCGGAGAGUCGAUUUCACCCCAUGGGUCUGAUGGUGAGACCUGGAUGGCUUUGUUUCCUAUGAGGAAACACCCAUUGAUGUAUGUGUCUAUAGUAUAGCCACAAAGAACUCAGCAUAUGAUGAAUUUCACAAGGCAUUUCAACCUCGCGAUUGACCCUGUCCUCAAGCAAUAUGUCUCCCUUCUUGGUCAUUAUUGAACAACCAUGGGAGCUAGCAACUGUGUCCCCAAUUUCGCAAUCAUGCCAGCACAUACAGAUUUCAUUAUUAAAAUUCCUGGAGGACUGCUGUACGCAUCCGGCACAUCUCAAGUAGCGAUUAUUUUCUUUCGCAUUUUCCUCACAAUGAACGUUGUUCUCCGAAUUCGCGGAUGCAUCCGCUGCAUCUAGCCAGGUUGCGCUUUUUUCUGGAUCUCAGCAUGCGAUGCGCACCCGGCGCUUGGGUUCUUCCUCUACUCAAAGCCAAAGUUGGCUAAAAUGUCGGUCGCAGAAAAGAAAAAUACACUGCUGCUUCUCAUUGUUCAAUUUUACUUUGUCUCAGUAGACGCACCAGGGUGCUUCUACAUUGUAUCCCAUCAUGGUGCAUGGAGCAAUGUGAAGAGACAAUGGUUCCUGUCAUCUAGCGGCGCCGGUCCUGAUGGUCUUCUCUAUUUAUAUGACCCUCAAUCGCGCGCUCGAGUUGUGUCAGAGUUUCAAUCUUGAUAUACAUCCAAGUGACGUAUCUGAUCGAGGUCUACGCAAGCAACAUUUAUCCGUCAGAAAGAACAAUCCCCUCUCGCCAACUAUGAAGUUUAUCACCCUCUGUUUGGCCAUCUUGCCGGCCGUUUUCGCUCUCCCGGCGGAACAACAGGACUGCGCAUGCCCCAAGGUCUCCUGCCCCAAAGCAACCUGGGCAGAGGAGUGCAAGUGCUUAAAUCAAGCUAGAAUGCAAUGCUUCUUUGAUUGUGGAGGCCCAUACCCACAGCUGCGAAGCUGCGAAGGACCCCGAGAAUGGUGAUCGGAUGGCAAAUUGAGCUGGGGACGUGGGAUUGACUUCUGGUUGAUUGGGGGAAAUGUUAACUCAGAGCCAAGAUUGUUUUGGUGUGCUGAUGUAACUAACUAGUUAACUAGUUAACUACCCUAUGAUCUUUUUAUUGUGGUUAUUAUUAGUACAAUUAACUAGUUUUCCAUUAUCA